GCUGCUGGUCCUGGUUGUAAGUGUGGCGCUGAGACUCGCCGCGCUGUGCUGAGUCCGUAAUGUGUUGGAGUGUGUUGUUGUUAUGAAUCCAUUCGGAAAGCAGUUGUGUGUUUGGACUGUAGUGUCAAUGAGAGACUAGCGAGAGAGGCUUGUACGAUCCUCGUGUUCGUUCUGAACUGUAUUAUUCGGUUUUGUGCUAUUUUUCCCAGUACCCGGGAGAUACAUUUGCUAGAGGGACUAGGGACUGGUAGUGGAGUCGGGAGGUGCUUUUAAAAAAAAAAUAUAUAUUUCGGGGAAUAAAAACCUCGAGCCUUCUAAGUACGCCGCUCCUAGUCCACAACAAACGAGCACUGGUGGAAGCAAUAAGCAUAAGGUGAGGUUAAGAAUCGGGGAGGAGUAUUUUGGAAAAAGGUAGUCUGUGUGAAAAGCAGGAUAUCGGUGGAUUUAUAACUCGGGGAAUGGAAGCUUGGCUGUGGACGGGGAGAGAGGAAUACGGCCAUUCGCUCCUGCAGACAGCCAGCAAACACAAAACUUUGUGAGGACUGGGGCAGCUGAGAAAAGCUCCGUUCUGUGCAUGGAGGGAAGGAAAACUGCCCUACAAGCUGAAUAUCAUCAGAAGUUUCACAAGUUGACGGUAGCUGUCAAGGACCAGUGCUGCCAUGUUCCGAAACAGCUUGAAGAUGUUGCUUAGCGGCGGCAAGUCGAACCGCAAGAACCGAAACAGCGAUGGUGGGAAUGAGGACUCCUCAGAGCACAGUCUGGCCAAUGUAGAUUCUCGACUCAACCGUACAGGGCAAGGUGGCAGUUCGACAGAGAGUGACUGUGCGUUCGAAGGAGACUGUGCGCUGCCUGAAGGCAUGCAGCAUAUCCGCAUCAUGGAGGGCAUGUCCCGAUCACUGCCUUCCUCCCCCCUUCUCGCCCACCAGGCUAUCAGCGUCAGGCUCCAGCCCAUGAAGAAACUCACAGCCCCCCUGCGGAAGGCAAAGUUUGUAGAAAGCCCUCGAAUACCAGAAUCUGAGCUUGGCUCCCCAACCCACACCGCCACCACCACCACCACCUCCUUCUCCCCUGCCAAGAACCCAGAGCUGGAUGCAUACCGCCCCGGCGAGUCAAACCAGGAGCUGGGACCUCCUCCCUCGGUCGAUGAGGCCGCAAACACUCUGAUGACUCGCCUAGGCUUCCUGCUGGGAGAGAAAGUGACCGAGGGACAGAGUGAAGCCCAGUACAGCAUGGAGGAGCAGGAAGAGAACCAGAGCUCGGCGGUCACCCAGCGGAUCAGCCCCUGCUCCACACUGACCAGCAGCACGGCCUCCCCUCCGGCCAACAGCCCCUGCUCAACCCUGCCACCCGUCACCUCUGGUAACGCUGAGACUAAGGGCUGCUCCUACGGGACGGUCACCAGCCCCACCUCCACACUGGAGAGCCGGGACAGUGGCAUCAUAGCCACCUUGACGAGCUACUCGGAAAAUGUGGAGCGGAGUAAAUACGGGGAGGGAUCGCGGGCUAACCUGAAGCCCUGGCAAUCCCAGAAAUCAGGCAUGGACUCAUGUCUGUACCGAGUGGAUGAGAACAUGACUGCCUCCACGUACAGCCUGAACAAAAUCCCUGAACGCAACCUGGAGACCAUCUCCUCCCAGUCUGUCCAGUCCAUCCCCCUCUAUCUGAUGCCCCGGCCCAACUCUGUGGCAGCUACGAGUUCAGCUCACCUGGAGGACCUGGCUUACCUGGAUGAGCAGAGACACACCCCACUGCGCACCUCGCUCCGCAUGCCCCGACAGAACCUCGGGGCAGGACGCUUGGGGCAGGACCUGCGAGCUUGCACUAACAUCCAUGCCUGGCACACACACUCACUUCGGUUUGCGCCCUACCGCCCCCCAGACAUCUCCCUCAAGCCCCUGCUGUUCGAGGUGCCCAGCAUCACCAUGGACUCUUUCUUCAUCGGGCGCGACUGGCUCUUCCAGGAGAUAGAUGGGCAGCUGCGCAGCGCCAACAGCAGCACCAACCACGGCGUGGUCAUUGUGGGCAACAUCGGCUUCGGCAAGACUGCAAUUAUCUCCCGUCUGGUGGCCAUGAGCUGCCAUGGGACACGCAUGAGGCAGAUCGCCUCGGACAGCCCCCACGCCUCCCCCAAACACGGGGAAGGGAGCAGGGACCUACCCUUGAGUCAGCCUCCCCCUGCACACUCCACCAUUGGCAGUGGAAGCUGCCCGGGGACCCCUGAAAUGAGGCGCCGCCAGGAAGAAGCUAUGAGGAGGCUAGCAUCCCAGGUGGUUGCCUACCACUACUGCCAGGCAGACAACGCCUACACCUGUCUGGUGCCCGAGUUCGUCCACAACGUGGCGGCACUGCUGUGCCGCUCCCCUCAGCUCAUCGCCUACCGCGAGCAGCUCCUGCGAGAGCCCCAUCUCCAGAGCAUGCUGAGCCUGCGCUCCUGCGUGCAGGACCCGCUGGCCUCCUUCAGGAGAGGGGUGCUGGAGCCACUGGACACCCUCUACAAAGAGAGAAAGAUAGCAGACGAAGAGUUCAUCAUCCUGAUCGACGGCUUGAAUGAAGCGGAGUUCCACAAACCGGAUUACGGAGACACUAUUGUGUCCUUCCUGAGCAAAACCAUUGGAAAAUUCCCCCCCUGGCUAAAACUGAUAGUUACCGUCAGGACCACGCUGCAGGAGAUCACCAAACUGCUUCCAUUCCACCGGAUCUCCCUGGACCACUUGGAGGAGAAUGAGGGCAUUGACCAAGAUCUGCAAGCCUACAUCCUCCACCGCAUCCACAGCAGUCCCGAGAUCCAGAACAACAUCUCCCUCAACGGCAAGAUGGACAACACCACCUUUGGCAAGCUGAGCGCCCACCUCAAAACGCUCAGCCAGGGCUCCUGCCUCUACUUGAAGCUCACCUUCGACCUCAUCGAGAAGGGCUACCUGGUCCUCAAGAGCUCCAGCUACAAGGUGGUGCCGGUGUCCCUGGCCGAGGUGUACCUGCUGCAGUGCAACAUGAAGUUCCCCACGCAGUCUUCCUUCGAGCGCGUGCUGCCGGGGCUCAACGUGGCCGUGGCUUCUCUGCACCCGCUCACUGACGAGCAGAUCUACCAGGCGGUCAACGCGGGCGCCAUCCAGGGCACCCUGGAGUGGGACGACUUCCAGCAGCGCAUGGAGAACCUGUCCAUGUUCCUGAUCAAGCGCCGUGACGGCACCCGCAUGUUCGUGCACCCCUCCUUCCGGGAGUGGCUCAUCUGGAGGGAGGAGGGCGAGAAGACGAAGUUCCUCUGCGACCCCAGGAGUGGCCACACGCUGCUGGCAUUCUGGUUUUCCCGGCAGGAGGGCAAACUGAACCGACAACAGACCAUCGAACUGGGCCACCACAUCCUUAAAGCACACAUCUUCAAGGGCUUGAGUAAGAAGGUGGGGGUUUCCUCAUCUAUUCUGCAGGGGCUCUGGGUGUCAUACAGCACAGAGGGUCUCUCUGCUGCACUGGCAUCACUCCGAAACCUCUACACUCCCAACAUAAAGGUGAGCAGGCUGCUGAUCCUGGGCGGGGCCAAUGUGAACUAUCGGACAGAGGUUCUGAACAAUGCUCCCAUCCUGUGUGUCCACGCCCACCUGGGCUACACGGACACGGUGGGGCUGCUGCUGGAGUUCGGAGCCAGUGUGGACUCCAGCUCUGAGAACGGGCUCACCCCGCUGGGCUACGCUGCAGCUGCGGGGCACCUCCCCAUCGUCACCGCACUCUGCCGCAGGCGAGCCAAGAUGGAUCACUUGGACAAGAACGGGCAGUGCGCCCUGGUCCACGCUGCUCUGCGGGGGCACCUGGAGGUGGUCCAGUACCUGAUUCAGUGUGACUGGACGAUGGGUGGCCAGCAGCAGGGCGUGUUUAACAAGAGCCACGCCGUCCAGCAAGCCCUCAUCGCCGCGGCCAGCAUGGGCUACACAGAAAUCGUCUCCUACCUGCUUGACCUACCUGAGAAGGAUGAAGAGGAGGUGGAGCGCGCUCAGAUCAACAGCUUCGAUACCCUGUGGGGAGAGACAGCUCUGACUGCAGCGGCAGGCCGGGGAAAGCUGGAUGUGUGCAGGCUACUGCUGGAGCAGGGGGCCGCUGUGUCUCAACCUAACCGGCGUGGGAUUGUGCCUCUGUUCAGCGCUGUGAGACAGGGACACUGGCAGAUUGUGGACCUCUUGCUGACUCAUGGGGCGGACGUCAACAUGGCUGACAAGCAGGGCCGGACCCCUCUGAUGAUGGCCGCUUCAGAAGGGCACUUGGGGACCGUGGAGUUCCUGCUCGCACAGGGGGCCUCCUUCUCUUUGAUGGACAAGGAGGGCUUGACCGCUCUGAGCUGGGCCUCCCUGAAGGGUCACCUGACCGUGGUGCGCUCUCUGGUGGAGAGAGGGGCUGCCACUGACCACGCCGACAAGAACGGGCGCACGCCUCUGGACCUUGCUGCCUUUUAUGGGGACGCCGAAGUGGUCCAGUUCCUAGUGGACCACGGAGCCAUGAUUGAGCAUGUGGACUACAGCGGCAUGCGGCCACUCGACCGGGCAGUGGGCUGCCGAAACACCUCUGUGGUGGUCACUCUGCUGAAGAAGGGAGCCAAGAUAGGUCCCGCCACUUGGGCGAUGGCCACCUCCAAGCCUGACAUCAUGAUGAUCCUGCUCAGCAAGCUGAUUGAGGAGGGGGACACCUUCUAUAAGAAGGGGAAGGUGAAGGAAGCAGCCCAACGUUACCAGUACGCCCUGAAGAAGUUCCCUCGAGAGGGCUUCAGUGAGGACCUCAAGACCUUCCGUGAGCUCAAGGUGUCCCUGCUCCUGAACCUGUCCCGCUGCAGACGAAAAAUGAACGACUUUGGGAUGGCUGAGGAGUUUGCCACCAAGGCGCUAGAGUUGAAACCAAAAUCCUACGAGGCCUAUUACGCAAGAGCCCGGGCCAAACGCAGCAGCAGGCAGUUCCCCGCAGCCCUGGAGGACCUGAAUGAGGCCAUGAAGCAGUGUCCCAACAACCGGGAGAUCCAGCGGCUGCUGCAACGUGUGGAGGAGGAGUGCCGGCAGAUGACAGAGCAGCAGCAGCUGGAGCCGGAACCAGAGCCGGAACAAGAGCACGAGCAAGAUCAGGAGCAAGAGCAGGAGCAGGAGCAGGAGCAGGAGCAGGAGCAGGAGCAGCCCCCCUCUCCCCCUCCUCCCCCUGCCUCGCCUCCCCCUCCUCCCCCCGAGCCGCGCCUGGAGGACAUGGAGCCGGUGCAGGACCUCUUCGACGAGGACUACCUGGAGCAGGACCUGCAGACCAUCUCCAUCAGUCUGCAGAGCGAGUCUCUGCCCAGCCCGGCCGGCCUGCCUGUCAUCCAGAGCCCUCCACCCUCUCCGGCAUACCUCUCGGGCGGCUCCCCAAUGGGGCAAUCCUUCGACUUCCGGCCCAGCCCACCUUCCAUGGCCUCCCCAACCCGCCAGAGCUACCAGCAUUCCACCUCCCCGUCCCUCUCACCCACCCACCAGAACUCACACUACCGGCCCAGCCCGCCGCACACCUCCCCAGCCCACCAGGGCCCCUCCUACCGCUUCAGCCCCCCGCCACCCUUGGGCAGCGCAGCAGGCAGCCAGGGUAAAGACUACCAGAGCCCACCCCCUUCCCCGCUGCGCAGACCCCAGUAUAGGGCCAGUCCGCCGACUGAUAGCAUCUGCCUCUACCGCCCCCAGUCUGGUUCCCCCAUCCGCUACCAGCAGGACCAGCUGCCGGGGAGACCCAAGUCUCCGCUUUCCAAGAUGAGCCAGAGAUCCUUCCAGCUGACCUCCCAAUGCUCCCAGACCUCGCAGCACCAACAGCAGCCUGGCCUGAGGCUGCAGCCGGCCAAAGCCCAGAUCGUGCGCACCAACCAGCCCAGCUCAGCCGUCCACUCCAGUGCGGUGAUGGGAGGAGGGGGCCCCUAUGGGCAGAUCGCUCACUCCAUCAGCAGCCGCUACCAGGGAGGCUCGGUGGACGUGGAGAGCCGUCUGGUCUACCAGCCCUCCCUCGAAGGCAGGCCAAUGCAGCAGGUACAGGCCAGCCUGAGCGCGGGGGCUCUCUGUCAACAUGGUGGACGAGGGGGAGUGGAAUCCGGUCUGGCUAAAGAAGAUCUCCCUCAGCGGCCGUCCUCUGCCUAUCGCGGUGGAGGGGUAGGUGUGCGCUACAGCCAGACGCCACAAAUCAGCCGUAGUCAGUCGGCUGCCUACUACCCAGUCUCCAAGCACGAGCUGGAGCGCUCAGCUGGCUUGCCACAGAGCCAGCUGGGCUCCCCGGAGAUCCCCCAUUUAGUCCGCCGACCUGUCAGUGCCAGCCCUGCUGAGAUCAAGCCCCACCCUCCAACCCCGAGGCCUCUGAUCCACUCCCAGAGCGUGGGGCUGCGCUUCUCUCCCUCCAGCAGCAGCCUCUCCGCGGGAUCGGCCUGCAACCUGACCCCUGGCUUCCGCCCGUCCGCCUCCAUCCAGCAGAUGGAGAUCCCGCUCAUGCCGGCCUACGAGCGCUCUUGCGAGGAUCACUCGUCCAUCUCUCCCACGCAGGGAGGAGGAGGAGGAGGUUAUCAAGGGGAGAACACACGCUCCAGGACAACCCCCUUCAUGGGCAUUAUCGAUAAGACUGCCCGGACUCAGCAGUACCUCCUCCAACCCUCGCGCCCUUGGGCCGUGUCAUCCCUGGACACGGUAAUCACCAGCCCCACCUCCCCGGGCAGCCUGGCCCAACAAGGUGGCGGCUCCUCCUACAGCCCCCCUUCUUCCCUGGGCAACAUCGCCUACUACAACAAGACCAACAACGCCCAGAACGGCCACCUCAUGGAGGACGAUUACUACUCCCCUCAGCCACCCUCACUCGGGAAGCUCGCCAACGGCUCGCGGGCCGGAGGCAACGGGGGAGACAUCCUGGAGCGGGUCAGCCAGGUGCCCACCUACCCUGAUGUCAAGGUGGCCCGGACGAUGCCCGUAUCCCAGGCCUACCAGGACAGCAUCUACCGGCAGCUGUCCCGAGACCCCCGGCAAGGGCAGACCUCGCCCAUCAAACCAAAGAGACCUUUCGUGGAGUCGAACGUGUAGAUGUAUCGUUCGGACGUGGGGGGAUGGGGGGUGUGGGGAGGGGAAGGGAAAUGGGGUUAGCAGAGACAGGCUUCCAUGACAACAGUGCAUUGUGUGGGAGUUGGUGUGUGAAGGGAUUCCGCUGUGAACAACGACCUCACACCUAGGUCAUUUCAAAAGCAAAAAUACAAAAUAUUGAGCAAAUGUAAUUCGAAUAUAACUGUAUGUAACAUAUACAGAUAUAGACGUUUUUCAAUGGAUAUUCUGUGGCCUUUUUACUCAAAAGGGAGUGACUAACACUUGGCGAGUACGAGUGAAAAUCCUGGGUUUGAUUGAACUGGGCAUGACAACCGUAUUUUUCUUAAUUUUGUUCUUGCCCAUAGUUUGUAAAUCAGUUUCCGAGUUGCAUACAAACUUUUAAAGCUGAAAUUCUAUUAAACCAAACCCAAAAAAGGGUAUAGUUCUUUUUGUUGUUUUAAACCCAAUCUUUUGAUGACAUAAUUUAUCCCUUGAAUGAAUAUAUUCAAUCAGAAACCAAAUAGAGCAAAUGAGUAAAAAAAUGGUGCACGCAGUACCACUUCAAUCCAACAGGUGGCAGUGUUUUCUAGAAACCGUACACCAUACACACAGUGGACAGAAAGGUGAUCUAUUUCAAACAAAAACCUGUUACUUAUAUAUAGAUGUUUUGCCACUUGAAAGACUGUUACUGAUUGAACAGCCCAACCCCACCCACACUGUAUCCCUGUCUGCUUAGGUGCAUUGAUCAGAAAGCCAGUUCGAGGUCUCUGUCCUCUCUCACUGUGUAAAUACUCUGCGGUUUUGUCCUCUAGAUACUGUUCUAUGGAAGCCUGUGCUCAUUGCCUGAUGCUUCUGUGGCAAAUUGUUGUACAACUGGUUUCUCCAUACAGGUGUGCCCUCGAAGAUACUCAAUAACUAAUAUGUUCUAUAUUGUAAAUGUUACAGAGGCUUGCAACAGUUCUGUACUUAAAAACAACAUACAAAAAAUACAGAAUAUUUAUAAUUAAGUUUAUAUAUUAAGUUUAUGUUUUUCUUUUGUUUAUCAAAAGCAACUUGUUAAUUCUUUAGUGUGAAAAAUGUAGAAGAGGGGGACAUUCACAAACUCAAAAUAAUCUUUUGAUAUACAUCUAUGGUUGAUUUUUGUUUAUCAAUUAUUUUUGACGCGGUGAAAGACGGAAGCCGUAGCCUUUGUCGAUGUUUUUACUGGUUACAGAAAAACCAAAGACAGACAAAAUGUAGUGAAUUGCUUUUAAAAAAUGGAAAGGUAAUUUAUACAGACUCCUAAAUUUUUGCCCAUGUUUAGGUAUACAUAUUUACAUUAGGCUUGAAUAUAUGACAUAAUCGUAAGACUAUGAUUUUCAAUGAAAAAAAUCAUUAAUCAAAAAAAAACAAGCAUAAAGUAAUUCAUCCAAUGGCAUUUGAAUAUUAGCACAUCACAUUUAAAAAGUUAUAUACACCCUGAUUUGUUGACACAAAAAGUCCCACCUCCUUCUAAACUCACCAACCAAUCACUCAACAGCAGUUGCAGGCAGUCACUUUUUUGCACUUUGCACUGUUGCAGAGGAUUUAAAAAUGUUUUGUAGAAAGACAUACGGUAUGGUGUGUGUGUGUGUGUGUGUGUGUGUGUGUGUGUGUGUGUGUGUGUGUGUGUGUGUAUAUAAAUACCAGGUUGUAUAACUACAAUAUAUCAUGUGAUGUUGUGCAAAACCAAUAUGUAUAUCAAAAUACAUUUAAGUGCUUUUCUAACAUGUCUGUGUAUUUAGUGCUUGCCAACUGUACACUCUCACUUUCUGUUCUGUGUUAUCACAAGUACUGUAGUUUGCAAAUGUCCCCCAGCCCCAAGGCACUUAAGGAAAAUAGACUAUUCUGGAAAUAUGAAGACAUUUUGUGUUUGCAGCUCAUAAAAACAGAGUAAGCAGGAACAUACAGUCUCUUGUCUCAGUGCUGAAAGACAAGAACGAUUCCUUUCUUUUUCAUUUGUUCUUUACUUUUCUUUUUUCCCCACAAAGUUUUCUGCACUACGUCUGUGAGACUAUAUAUGGGAGCACUUUACCGUUCUAAAACACUUUUGGUUUCUUCUCCGAUGGAUGACAGUACUGGGGUCAUUAUUUGUGAGUCGUUGUUCCUUAUUAAUAUAAAAAUAGCAAAACGUUCUUGUCCUCGUGGGAUUUUUUUUAAAUUUUAUUUUCCAAGUAAAUAAAUAAAUAAGUAAAUAAUAAAUGCAUAAAAAAGUAACUAAAUAAAAAUAUGAAGACGUAUUACCUUUAUAGCACAAAGUGUAUCUGCUGUACAUAAUGGCCGACAGACUUGGACAUUUUAUCAGUCCUCGUAACUUUUAAUACUGCCCCCCAGCAGUCUUCUGUGAAAAUGUGUGAACAGAUGAAGCUUUGUUUUUUACAUACAGUAUGAGGUUGUCAGUAACAAGAAGUAGAAUCAACAGGAAGCUGUAAACUGCAGCUCAUAGUGGCUGGUUCACCCCAGUCAAGGCAAACCAGUGUUUCUGUUAGGUGUUCAAGUCUGGUACUGAAUAGAGAGUGACUGUGCUGUACCAUGUCUGCUAUACUAAAAGACCCGAAAGCCUGCUAAUCGACAAGGUCAAUACAUAAUGGGAUUCACCUGUUAACUACUUUGUGUUAAUCCAGUUAAGUACAUUGGUUUCUACUGUAUAUUUUAGAGGUGUUUUUACCAUAAUACUAGUUUAAAGGGUAUAUAAGGACCUUUUUAUUUUAUUGUGUUACAUGUUCCCACGUGUUGCUACAACUGUUCAAGUAAGGUGUGUGUUGUUUUAAUUAUUCUUUUUUUAAAAUCUUGACCACACUUGUUUCCACUUUUAAAUUGCAGUGCUCUCUAACUGUUCCUAUUAUAGCUCUCAGAACUACAUUUCUCAUCAUUGUCCUGCUCACUGCUAAAUCUAUCUCAGUUACAUGUGAGCAGGAGGAUGAUGGGAAAUGUAGUUUGAGUGGUCCAUGCAGGUCCAUGUGAAGCCACCUUGGAGGCAAUGGAAUGCAAUUUAAAAGUUUAAAAAAGUGGUCAAAAAAAAAAAAAAAUUAAAACACCUUACUUAAACAGUUGUAGCAACACAUGGGAACAUGUAACACAAUAAAAUAAAAAGGUCCUUAUGUACCCUUUAACAUGUAUAUUCCAGAUUUGGGUUUUUAAGGUACUGUACUGCAGGUUCAGUGUUUUAAAGAAGACUUUCCAAGCCUCAACUGAAUGUACUGUCACCACCUUUAUUAGCCCAAAGUUGUAUUUUUUAUUUAUUUUUUUAGUCAGUUGAGCUAAAUUGAGUUGUCCCACCAUUCAAAUUGGGUGCAAUAGCCUUAAGCAAGAUGGUGGUAUAAUUUGCCAAAAUGUCUGGGACUCCUUUUCUAAAUUUAAAUAUAAAUAGAUGACGUUUUUGUUUGAUGACUAGCGUCUUAAAAUGCUAGCCUUGAAAGUCGCUAUUGUAAUGUGUAAUUUAUUAUUGCACUGCACUAUGCUAUAUGGGAUCAGUUGGCUCCUAGUCCUCAGCUCUUACCACUAAGCCUGUCUCCUUCCCUUUAUAAGGGACCAUUAAGUCACCUUGUGUGUGGUGUGCGGGGGGUGGGGUUUAGAAAAUACUGUAAAUAUAAGCAUGGAGGUUUUAAAAAAUAUACCUUUUUUUGUUCAGUUGUAUAUAGUUUUAUUUAUUACCAUUUGAACUUGUCAGAAUGUGUUCUUUUUCAUACCCAGAAGUUCUCUGUUUCUUUGUGUUAAGUGCUGGGCAUGGCUGGCUUUAAGACCAUUAUUAAAUAUGUUAUCACCUAGCAUUUACUGUAUGUAGACCACCUUUCCGUUCAAAUAAAAGUCCUUACCUUUCAAA